AUGGUACCUCUGCUUCUGAUACUGAUUUUGAGUUGUUUCAUUGGGGCUUCACAAGGCCUCCAAGUUGGCUUCUAUGCCAACACCUGCCCCAACGCCGAAUCGAUUGUCCGCCGCGUCGUCAGUGAAGCAGCCGCCUCCGAACAAAAUGCUCCGCCCGUCUUGCUAAGACUUCACUUCCACGAUUGCUUUGUUAACGGCUGUGAUGGAUCAAUUCUGAUAACCACUGGCCUCGAAACUGACGAGAAGAGUGCAUUUGGGCAUCAAGGAGUGCAAGGGUUUGAAAUUAUAGAGAGGGCAAAGGCUCAAUUGGAAGCGACGUGUCCAGGAAUUGUUUCUUGUGCAGACAUAGUAGCCUUGGCUGCUAGAGAUGCAGUUUUUUUGACAAACGGACCUCUGUACGAGGUUCCGACCGGUAGAAGAGAUGGACUUGUGUCAAACAAAUCUUUGGCAGAUAAUAUGCCAGAUAUUACCGACUCCAUUGACACACUCAAAGCUAAGUUUUCUGAGAAAGGGCUCUCGGGGAUGGACCUUGUGCUUCUCAGCUCUGCACAUACAAUUGGGACAACGGCAUGCUUCUUCAUGACAAAUCGGCUUUAUGAAUUCACUGCGGGUGGUGGCUCCGACCCCUCGAUAAAUCCCGGGUUCCUACCGGAGUUAAAAGCUACUUGUCCUCAAAACGGCAAUCCUAAUACUCGAUUAGCUAUGGACCGGGGUAGCGGCCAAACGUUUGACAAACAAAUUCUGCAGAACAUUAGAAGUGGCUUUGCUGUGCUAGAAACUGAUGCUAGGCUUUAUGAAGAUGUUGCAACAAAAAGAGUUGUGGACUCCUAUUUCGGGUUCUUUAGCCCCGUUUUAGGACCAUCAUUUGAGGCAGAUUUUGCAAAAGCAAUGGUGAAAAUGGGCGAGAUUGGUGUGUUGACAGGUUCGGAAGGAGAAAUCAGGCGUCUAUCCGUGGUUAAUCUUAACAAGAUUUUUGAACAAAUAGCUGGAGACGAUUGCUUCCAGGAUAUUUUCUGUGUGGCCAAAAUCAGUGACCCGGUUAAACUCUCCGCCUCCAGGACCAAAUCCACUGCCUGGAACUGUGAUGGAUCCAAUCUGUUGUGCAACUCCACUAGUUCUUCUAAUUGCUCCCCAUGGCCUGUUGGAUUAUUUGGAGAGCAGAAGAAAAUGAUAUCUGUUCUUGCAGUUUAUGUGAGGUCAGGAAAGAAAUUAUCUUCUGGUCCACAUUCCAUUUAUGCAAUAUUCUGA